AUGAAAACUCUAAAGCCAACUAAUAAUGCUCAAAGAAAUACUGUAUUAAUUGAUUAUCAGCAAAAACUCCACUCUGAAGUCAAAAAAUACCCUCGAAAUUUAUUUAAAAAAUUGCCUUCUCAUGCGGGAAGAAAUAACCAAGGAACAAUUACUACUCGCCAUCACGGAGGCGGACACAAAAAAAAAUAUCCAAUUAUUGAUUUUAAACGUUAUUUAAAAGAUGGGGUUGAGGGAAUGGUUAAAGGAAUUAAGUAUAGUCCUUAUCACACUUCUUUUCUUUGCUUUAUAAGUUACCGGGAUGGUAGUAAUGCUUUUAUUCUUGCCCCUGAAGGAUUAAAAAUCGGUGAUAAAAUUUUGAGUGGUGAAAAUGAAAAUAUUCCUAUUCAAACUGGAAAUAAUUUGCCCUUGAAAUAUAUUCCGGCUGGCACUUUCAUUCAUAAUAUUGAAUUAAAACCCAAAAAAGGUGGUCAAUUAGCCAGAAGUGCUGGAAAUUAUGCAGUUGUUCGUGGCUCUGAUGAAAACAAAAAAUAUAUCCAAAUUAAGUUACCUUCCGGAGAAGUCAGAAAAAUCUUAGCCGAAUGUCGGGCAACUGUUGGAAAAACAAGCAAUUCAGAAAAUAACUUAGUGCGGAGAGGCAAGGCUGUGGACCAUCCUCAUGGUGGUGGUGAAGGAAAGGCUUCUAUUGGUCGAAAAUCUCCUCUUAAAAAAAAAUGUGAAAAAGCCAAUCAAGCCGGAAAGGUAAUCACUUUGAAAGUUUACAAGCGAGGAACAGUGAUUAGUGAUAAGAUGGUAGGACAUAAUUUUUUAAUCCACAACGGCAAAAAUUUUAAUAGUCUACAACCAACUAGUGAGCAUAUUGGCUAUCGUUUUGGUGAAUUUGCUCCGACAAGGCGAGUUGGUAAGCAUGGAAAGGCAGCAAUUUCUCCCCAAAAAUUACGUCCCGUGGCUAAUUUAGUCCGAAGAAAAGAAAUUGAUUACUCUUUGAAUACUUUACAUUUUUUACCCCACAAAGGAGCAAGAAUUCUACAUAAAAUUCUCCAAGGAGCAAUUAAACAAAUAAAGAAGCGGGACAAAAAAGAAAAGGCAGUUUUUUACAUUAGCCAAAUCCGAGUUGACCAAGGAAGUAUUCGCAAAAAAAUGAUCUUCCGUGCCAAAGGGAGUGCUAAUACUCUUCGCCAAACCACUUCUCAUUUAUUCUUGUGUUUAAGCCCAAAGGAGGCAACUGAAUUAUUUGUCUUUGUCUAUUCUCCUAACAUUAGUUUAAUUACUGGCGAAGAUAAUGACAAUUUAGACCAAAUUUUAACUAAAAUUACUAAUAUUGUUAAUGAAAAAAAAAUCAUUACUAAAUUAUACUUAAAUGAGGAAAGAAAAAUUUAUUCUUCAGCACAAGCUAUUGCUAACGAUUUGGCUCUAGCCGGAGAAAAAGAUAUUCGAGGAAUAAAAGUCCGAGUUGGUGGUUGUUUGGAAAAGGGAGGAAUUGCCCAGCAUAAGACAAUCAGUCAAGGAAGAAUGCCAUCUAAUACCUUAGAUAGUCUAAUUAAAGAAGCAAAAACUGAGGCUAAUACUAUUUAUGGACAAAUUGGAAUCGUUGUGCAAAUUUAUAAAGGAAAGAAGAAAAAAUUAAAAUAUGUUAAUACCUAA